CGAAACGUCACUGCUCCUAGCCCCACAAGGUGCCAGCUUAUUAAGAAUACCUGAGUGGUACAAUGAAGUGCUGCAAGAUAAGCCGUGAAAACAAGUACCCUUUCAGCCAUCGCCUCAGUUGCCCACUGGCCAGUUACCAAGCCCCGGUUCCAUUUGGUGAGCUAGCACGAGCAAGCAACCAGCAGCAUCACCUUGAACCUCCCUCAAUCCAUUACAGUACCAAACUCCCCACGACGACCACGGUCUUAAUUCCUUCUUCAAAGCGUGUCUUGUUCUCUCGACCUCGGCACCCUAUACUGUUGAAGCCAACACCCUCCAGGCACAGCCAACUCAGCACCACGACAAGCUGAGGCGCGCGCACGACUUACGGGGUCAACAGUAUUCUCCCACUAUCGUCAUCAACAGCUUCUGCAGUUUCAGCAUCAUAUUUUUGCAGUAUAUACGAAGAAGCCCAUCGUCAUGCCCAGCAAGACGCCAAACAACAACGGCAAGAAGCCUGCCGGGAACAACGUUCAGAAAAACAAGGACGUGGAGAUGACGGACAGCACAAAGCCCAAGGGCAAGAAGUCCGCCAAGGAUGGUGAUGAAGAGAUGACCGUCGUUGUUCCUCCUUCGAAGUCGAAAAAGUCUGACAAGGCAGCGGCCGACGCUGAAGGUGAUGUGUCAAUGAGCGAAGAAGAGGAAGAGGCCAAGGUUGACCCUGUAGCACAGACUAUCGCAGAUAUCAAGAGCAAUUUUGCUUUGAUAGACCGUGCGGUUUCACUUUUCGACGCCAGAUUCUCCCUCCGCGCCUUGCGAUCUAUCUCCAUCAUCCGCAAGCGUUUGACCCCCGAUAUCAUUGCACAGGUCAUUUCCGAGGCUUUCCCAGCUACCGCCAACUCGAGUGCUAUUGUUAAGCCGCUCCUUUCUGCCAUUGAGCGCGAGGAUGUUACCCUUGGUCGACAGAGUGGUUCGGAGAUGGAAAUCGACGAAGCUAAGGCGUCUGGCAAGACCGGUGCUAAGAAAGAAGCCAAGGAACCCAUUCCUGAGAUUGAUAUUUUCCUUGGUAUUCUUGUCCAGGUCUACCUCUUUGACUCGAAGCAGUUCCAACGCGGAGUCGACUUCUCCAAGUACCUUUCGGACAGGGUCCAGUCUCUCAACCGCCGUACACUCGACUCUUUGUCUGCCAAGGUCUACUUCUACUACUCCAUCUUUUGCGAGCACAUCGCACCUCUUCCCCCUUCUCCUCAGUCCCCCGUCGUCGCUAUCCGACCAACUCUCCUCGCCGCUCUUCGAACCGCCGUGCUACGAAAGGAUGUCGACACACAAGCCUCGGUUAUUGUUCUACUGCUGCGAAACUAUCUAUCAACUUCGCACAUCAACCAGGCUGAUCUCUUGGUUUCGCAUACCCAGUUCCCCGAGAACGCUGUUAAUAACCAGGUAGCACGAUUUCUCUACUACCUCGGUCGCAUCCGAGCUAUUCAGCUACGCUACACCGAGGCUCAUGAGCAUCUCACUGCUGCCACUCGAAAGGCCCCUUCUAGCAGCUGCGCGCUUGGCUUUGCUCAGACAGCGACUAAGCUACUCUAUGUUGUUGAGCUAUUGAUGGGUGAUAUUCCUGACCGAGCUAUGUUCCGACAGCCAACAAUGGAAGUCGCUCUCCAACCUUACUUCCUCCUGGUCAAGUCGGUCAGAGUUGGAAAUCUUGAGGACUUUGAGACAGCCAUUGCCGAUCAUGCCGAUACCUUCCGACGAGAUGGCACCUACAGCCUCAUCCUCCGUUUACGACAGAACGUUAUCAAGACGGGCAUUCGUAUGAUGUCUUUGUCUUACUCUCGCAUCUCUCUUCGUGAUAUUUGCAUCCGCCUGCAUCUUGGUAGCGAGGAGUCGGCUGAGUACAUUGUUGCUAAGGCUAUCCGCGACGGUGUGAUUGAGGCUACCUUGGAUCGCGAGAGGGGUUUCAUGAAGAGCAAGGAGGUCGGUGACGUGUAUGCUACUCGUGAGCCGGGUGAGGCGUUCCAUGACCGAAUUCGAGCUUGUUUAGCUCUCCACGAUGAGAGUGUAAAGGCUAUGCGAUUCCCCAUGAAUCAACAUCGUCUUGAGCUCAAGAAUGCCCAGGAGGCCCGUGAGCGUGAGCGUGAGAUGGCCAAGGAGAUCCAGGAAGGUGACUUGGACGAGGAUGACCUCGGUGGAGACUUUGAUGGUAUCUAAACUUUGUAUAUUGUCUCGGCUUGAGAGCAUUCGCUACCUAUUGAUCAACGCCCGUGGUUCCUCCUUGCCGACAUCAGGUACCCUUAGCUGCAGUUCUUUUAAUGACCCACUUGGCGCUUAGAGUGACGGUGGUAGUCUGCUGGAAUACGGCGAUAGAGGGAAAUGGUUCAGGUGGUUUGAAGGUCUUACCAAGACUUCAGUGUAUGUGUAUUAGAUGCUUCGCACGGCGGGGAUAAAUUUAGAGAUAUGGAAUACUUUGUGUGUCUCAUUGACGCAGGAAUUGAAACGUGCUUUUCUUCAGGGUAGUAUUCUAGAAGCAAUCCAACUGCUUCUUUCUCACGAGGAUCUCUCCAGGUAACGGCAAGGAUACUUUUGCUUAGCCUGUGGUCUAUCCAGACAGG